AUGCUCGUGCUCGUGCUCGUAUACGUACCCGUGCGCGUCGGGCCCGGCGUGCUCCUUGCUCAGGAGCUGGAGCAACUUGGGUCCUCUUUACCAUGUGGAGGGUCUUCGCUUCGCCUGCGAGGCCCUAUGCGCGUAAACGAAUUCGCACCUUCACACUCACGGUUGUUCAAAGACCUCAUCACAGUCACGAAGCCGAACAAGCCGUUCCAGUACACGGCGAAGGGAACGCCCCGUCGUCACGUCUCACUAGAUGAGUACGCAGAAGAGAUCGAAGAGCUGUACAAGAAGCUCGAAGAAUCCUCACAAGUGGAUAUCCCUGUUCCCCCUUCCUGGUCAGCUGAGACUGUGCGAACGUACGUCCGAGGGGUGGUCAAGAAGGUUAUGAAGGUGCCCAAUAUCGAAGAUGACGAAGACCUGUUCUAG